GACAAAGAUCACCUGAUUCCAGCAAACAUGAAUGGAAGACCCACCUGUGACCUGUGUGGAAAGACUUUUACCAGAAUGAGUGGGCUUAAGAUACACCAGCGUAUCCACAAUGGAGAAAGACCAUAUGACUGUGACCAGUGUGGGAAGACUUUCACCACAGCAGAUGACUUAAAAAUCCACCAACGCAUCCACACUGGAGAAAAACCAUAUAGCUGUGAUCAGUGUGGGAAGACUUUCACCCAAAUGGUUGUGCUUAAGACACACCGUCGUAUCCACACUGGAGAAAGACCAUAUGGCUGUGAUCAGUGUGGGAAGACUUUCACCACAAUGACUGGGCUUACAGCACACCAUCGUAUCCACACUGGAGAAAGACCAUAUACGUGUGAUCAGUGUGGGAAGACUUUCACCCAAAUGGCUGGGCUGAAGACACACCAUCGUAUCCACACUGGAGAAAGACCAUAUCACUGUGAUCAGUGUGGGAAGACUUUCACCCAAAUGGCUGGGCUUAAGACACAUCAGCGUAGCCACACUGGAGAAAGACCAUAUGACUGUGAUCAGUGUGGGAAGACUUUCACCCAAAUGUCUGGGCUUAAGAGACACCAGCGUAGCCACACUGGAGAGAGACCAUAUUACUGUGACAGUGUGGAAAGACUUUCACCAAGAAAGAUGGGCUUCAGACACACCUGCGCAUCCACAGAGGAGAAAAACCAUAUGGCUGUGAGCACUGUCAAAAGACUUUCAGCACAGCAGAUCACCUAGAACACCAUCAACAAAGCCACACUGGAGAAAGACCAUAAAACUGUGACCACUGUGGGAAGACUUUCGCCCACAUAAGUAUGCUUAAAGACCAUCUACAUGGAUUUCUGGCAAAAUGUUGAAGGGAGUAGCCACAUAGUUUCGAGCUCCUACAUGUCAGUUAAAAUAGCCCCUCUAAAACUGAUUGACUUGAUGUACAAAUGUUUAAUAUCUUGUAAUGAUUGGAAUUAAUCAAUUCAAAAGUCACAGAAUCAAGAAAUUAACUCAAGAACAGGCUGCAAUGUCAGCGCUACCUGACCGCAAUGAAGCUGAACCUGGAGACCACAUGGCGGGAAAAAAUGACCAAGACCAUGUCGAGAUCCUCUGAGCGGGGCUAGCAAGCACCAGCAGAGACAUAAAAGACCUCCACCAAAACAUCAGAGAGGAGCUGCAAGAAUUUAAGAACAUGAGUACAAAUGAAACAAGAACUGACUUUGCUUAGUGAAGAUAUUUACCUCAAACUCUGGAAAAAUAAUAAGGAGCUACAAGAGCAAAAGGCUAAGGUAGCCGAAGCCGAGGGCCACAUAACUGAGCUGGAGGAGUGAAAUACUGACGCAAACUAAGUGCUGCUGAGACUACUAAACCAGACCCGACAUAUGCAAGACAAAAUAACGGAGCAGGAAACAAAGUCACUUAGAAAUAAUAUCCACAUCUUGGGUCUACCAGAA